UAGUGGCGUUCAUUCCUGAGUGCGACACAGCUUCACUGUUUGAGAGACCCGUAACGCGUCUCAGGGCAGUUGACGUUCAGCGGUAGUUUGCAUUCAGAGGCUCAAGUCUUCUUUCUGGAAGCUCAUCCCCCCCACCAAGUCAACGACAAUGCGUGAGUGCAUCUCCAUCCACGUGGGCCAGGCCGGUGUCCAGAUGGGCAACGCCUGCUGGGAGCUCUACUGCCUGGAGCACGGCAUCCAGCCCGACGGGCAGAUGCCGUGCCAUGACAACAUCGGCGGUAGUGCCAGCUCCUUCAGCACGUUCUUCAGUGAGACCAGCGCCAGCAAGUACGUGCCCCGCGCGAUAUUUGUCGACCUGGAGCCAACCGUGGUUGAUGAAAUUCGCACCGGCACGUACCGGCAGCUGUACCACCCGGAGCAGAUGAUCACCGGCAAAGAGGAUGCCGCAAACAACUACGCUCGCGGUCACUACACCAUCGGCAAAGAGAUUGUCGACCUGGUGCUGGACCGUAUCCGCAAGUUGGCGGAUCAGUGUACAGGCUUGCAGGGCUUCCUCAUCUUCCACAGCUUCGGUGGAGGCACGGGCUCUGGCUUUGCCGCCCUCCUCAUGGAGCGCCUGUCCGUUGACUACGGCAAGAAGUCCAAGCUGGAGUUCGCCAUCUACCCAGCACCCCAGGUCUCCACGGCCGUGGUGGAGCCCUACAACUCGGUGCUCACCACGCACACCACCCUGGAGCACUCUGAUUGCGCCUUCAUGGUCGACAACGAGGCCAUCUACGAUAUCUGCCGCCGCAACCUGGACAUCGAGCGCCCCACCUACACCAACCUUAACCGCCUCAUCGGCCAGAUCGUGUCGUCCAUCACGGCCUCGCUGCGCUUCGACGGUGCCCUCAACGUCGAUCUCACCGAGUUCCAGACCAACUUGGUGCCCUACCCGCGCAUCCACUUCCCGCUGGUCACGUAUGCACCCAUUAUUUCGGCAGAAAAAGCAUACCACGAGCAGCUGUCGGUGUCCGAGAUCACCAAUGCCUGCUUUGAGCCGGCAAACCAGAUGGUGAAGUGCGACCCCCGCCACGGCAAAUACAUGGCGUGCUGCAUGCUGUACCGAGGAGACGUGGUGCCCAAGGACGUCAAUGCUGCCAUCGCAGCCAUCAAAAUGAAGCGUUCCAUUCAGUUUGUUGACUGGUGUCCCACUGGCUUCAAGGUUGGCAUCAACUACCAGCCACCAACCGUUGUGCCGGGAGGUGACCUGGCCAAGGUGCAGCGCGCCGUCUGCAUGCUGAGCAACACCACUGCAAUCGGGGAGGCAUGGGCUCGACUUGACCACAAGUUCGACCUCAUGUACGCCAAGCGUGCCUUUGUGCACUGGUACGUGGGGGAGGGCAUGGAGGAGGGAGAGUUCUCCGAGGCCCGUGAAGACAUGGCAGCCCUGGAGAAAGAUUACGAGGAAGUUGGUAUCGAUUCGCUGGAAGGAGAGAUGGAGGAUGAAGACGAGUAUUAAGAAGACUUAACGAAAAGCCCAAAGUUGUUGCCAGAUGCCUCUUGAUUGCGCCAUCUGUUUAUUCGUUUACUUCGUGCAAUUUAUUUUCUGAUGCUUUUGUGUCGCAAUUGAAAUUGUAUGUUGCCUAGAUUUGUUUCAAAAUAAAACCCAUUGCAAUGAGA